UGUGAAACUAAAAGCUGCUUCCUCAUUUUAACACAGGCUUAGGUAAGGAUCUGGUGUGAGAGAUGGCGUCUACUGCGUACAUAGAGGAACUAACCUGUUCUGUGUGUGUCUCUCUCUCUUCACUGAUCCAGUUAGCCUCUCCUGCGGUCACUCAUUUUGUCGACAAUGUUUUACACAUUUUCGGAGAACACAGAACCUGUGUCCUCAUUGCCGGGCUAGAAUCUCAACAGCUGAGGGAAACCUCUCAACAAACCACAUUCUGAAGAGCUUGGCCAACAAAGCUAAAGAGGAAGCAGUACGCGAUGAGAAGAGAGGGGGGACUGACUGGUUGUGUCCAGACCAUGACGAGAAACUGAAACUAUUCUGUGAGACAGACCAACAGUUGGUUUGCGUCAUAUGCCGGGAUGGGGAGAAGCAUGACGGGCAUAAGUUUAAACCUAUCAAAGAGGCAGCCUUAGCUAGGAGGCGGGAACUAGAUGAGGCCAUUCAGUUCCUCACUAGUGACAACAGCUCCGUGGAGCAACUGGCCGAACAACAGGAAGAAGAGAUGACAAAAACCAAGACUAAGUCCUGUCAGCUGAGGACUCAAAUCAGCAGCCAGUUUGAAGAGAUGCACCAGUUUCUGAAGAAGAGGGAAGAACAGAUAAAGAAUGAGUUGCAGGAGAAAGAAGAGAAGGCCUUGAAGAAGAUGAGAGGGAAUUUAGAGACUAUGGAGUUGAUACUGUCAGAGAGGAAAGAGAAGGAGGUGAUGAUGAAAUCUGCUCAGGACAUCCCAGACAGUGAGGGUUUCCUGCACUGGUGGAAUGACAUGGGCUUAUCUGAGGUAAAAGCACUGAAGGACAGGGACAUGCCACCACCAGAACGUCAUGGGGAGGCCACGACUGAGGACGCCACCAAGGAGCGUCCAUACAAGUCCAGGGUAGAUGACCUCAAGGUGACACCGGUCUCCUUCUCUCUGGGGCCCUAUGAGUCUCACCUGCAGUUCUUUGUGUGGAAGGAGAUGCUGCAGGUAAUCAAACCUCUUCCAGAGAGACUCACACUACAAACACUGAGUCAGAAACUGACUAUCUCCAAUGACAGACGCAGUGUGUUUUGUACUCCCGGAAAUGCGGAAUCAGCUUUUUUAACUCAUUCAGCUCGACAUCAAUCACAACAAUCAAAAUUAGUGAGUAAGAGUAAGUUCAGCACUGGACAACACUGCUGGGAAAUAGAAGUGGGAAGUGGGGCUUUCUGGGAACUGGGAGUUAAAAAGAUUUCGGCGAGGUUUUUGUUUGGACUUUUGGGUUCAAGAACAAUGUGUCUCAGGUAUAGAAAUCAAAAAUAUACUAUUCACGGUACGGUUACCGAAAAACUAAUCACUUUUAGUGAUACACCUCGAAAGAUAGCGCUAUACCUAAAUUGUGCAACCAAGGAACUCUCUUUCUACAAUGCAGAUGACAUGUCGAUUAUCUAUACUCUAGUCUGUAAUUGGAAGGAUGUGUCAGCCUAUUUUAACAUUGGUGAAUGUGAUGGAGUAGAUUCUGACCCCCUGGCAGUAUGCUGGUAUUGAUCUGCUUAUCAUAGUUCCAGUCACAUCAAAGUAAAACAAUCUACAAGUAAUUUUGACACACAACGUGGCAGAACUGUGAUAUUGGUCAUGGAUGGAUCAGAAUCAAAGGGAGAUUUGACAUGCUCUGUAAACGCUUUAGUUAAACACACAUCAUAGUGUCUCACAUUUUAUUUGACAUGCCACCUGUACAUUUACUUUUAAACCUUUAACUUUUCACAACUGCAUUAAGGGAAUUACUGAAUGACACUAUGGUGCAGACGUUAUGAUUAGGAAUCAGAUUUUACAUUGAGUUAUUGAGAUGUUACAUAACCACAACCCUGUGAUGUAAACAGUGUAUGUUUUGGUUUUAACGCUUUACUAUCUUGUAAAUAUUCAUUUUGUACAUAUAUCAAAUUAUAUCAUACUUGUUGACUUGUGUUUUUAUAAUGAGCAAUUUCUAUUUUAGAUUAGGGUGAGGCUUUUCAUAACGUUUAUCAUCUUCCUCACCUUCACAUAUUUAUUAUAGCUUGUGUGCAGAGAACUUGACAAAUAAAAUGGUCUAUUAGUUUACCCUGA